AUGAGCUCAAUGUUAUCAACGCUGACUGUGGAUUUAUCCGCUGAAGUGGCCGCAGUACUUUCAAAUUGGCCCACACAUACAGCAACAGAAGCUUGGAGUGAUUUGUCGAAUGACUAUACCGAAAUUCCAACAACCGCAGCAACCACCGGAGGAGCCGAAACCACUCAAGGACUUGCCCUUGCAGCUUGGCUUGUUGAUCUAAGCAAUAACGUCCACUCUGCAGAUCUCCAAGAUGAAGACACUCGGUCUAUCGUCCACGAUGAUAUUACAAAAGCUCAAGAUCGAGUCGAGGACCACAUCAAAGAGAGGGAGAGUAGUGGUGACUCAGAGGAGGGAUCUUCAAACAGUGGCUGUGGCUCUGGAGGAGGGCUUGCCGGCCUUGUCGGGUCCGUUGGAUGUUUUAUCAGCUCAGCGAAAACAAACAUCAAGAAUGGCGUUGAUCCAGGAAAUACGAUCAAUGGCGGAUGGAGUCUCAUAAACCAAGCCUUCUCGGAGUUGAACAAUGAGACCCCUGACACCGACGAGGAAGAGAAGAAAUUCAAAAACAAUUUCGAUGCAGUAUCGGAAGCUGCAGAGCAACUUGAGGAGCUGGAGGAGGAUGGAAAGGAACCGAAUUCAGAAUCGGCAACGCAAUCGAAAACUUCCACCACAAGUUCCGAUUCCAGCACUUCCAGCAGUUCUGAGUCCACUACCUGCACUUCUACCAAGACAGUUGAGGACUGUACAACCAGCACCAUCUUUAUCACUACUAUGGCUACUGGCGGAGAUGGUUCUAUGACUCCUUCCACUAGCACAACUUCAACGAGUAUAUGUUCAACCCACGUUGGCUGUGACGUGACCGGGACCACUAUGACGACUACUGAAGUUACAGGGAAAGCUUGUAAGCGAGCCACGAGCUCUUUGACUUCGGUAGAUAUAUCUAUAACCAAUCCCAACACCGCCGCAUCAACAAAUCUCGAGGCCACAACAUCAGAAUCUUCUGUAGUUGGACUCACAACUGUAUACUCUACUGGAUCAGAGUCCACAGAGGCUACAUCAAGCUCUACUGAGGCCACAACAUCAGGCAUAUGCCAACCUCAAACAAUUUCUGAUACCUAUUCCGUUUGCGCUUGCUCAACCACUCAUUCCGGUCAUACUAUGUCCCAUACAAUCACAAAGCCAAGAGAUCAGGACUGCAGUGAUGUUAUGACUUUCCCAAUUUCCAGCUUUGUGCAAAUCCGAACGAGCGCAUCGACGAAUUCUAAGGCUACAAUUACCGGUUAUACUUCAACUGAUACCAAUGGCGAUGUCUUCGUUUAUAGUGCUGGCGAAGUCUACUACGAGUCCACCACUUCCGGGGAUACAGCAACGUUGACCACGGGCCUGGGCGCUCCUAUAGAAGAAAUUGUCCCCGACUGGGUUUCAACAGAUGGAAAAACCCAGUACCUUUAUGCAUCUGCAACAGGCACUGAUAGUGCAGACUUGGAACCCGUUGAAACUGCCACAGAGGUAAUUGUUCAAGAAGACUGGACCGCGACAGUUAGCAACACCGAAUACGUUUAUCCAUCCGCAACAGGUGCCUCCCUCGACGAUUUGGCUGGUGCUGGAACACCACAGUCAAAUGGAAAUCUUAAUAUCACAUGUGAGACCAGCGCUGGUAGUCCAUUAUCCAGCGAUGUUACUCUUGUGAUAAACCAGGUCAGGGGCUACGGAGGUUUUUGUGAACAGAGCAAUGGAGAUGGCAGCGAGUGUACUACUCUGGGAAGCAAAAAUUCUGCUACGAUCUCUAUAUGCGGCGGCCCUGUUGGUGGGACUUGCGAGGAGGUUGCAGGCGCCAUUACCCAAGUCCAACAAGAAUGUGAGAAGACCAUAGAUGGUGAUUUGAGGGUCGGUGGUAAAUUUGAUAUUGGCUGGGACUCUAGAGUGGAAGUGUUCUAG